CUCUUCCUCGCGGGCGAUGGCGAUGGCGUCCCCGUCUUGCUCGGUCCGGAUUCUCAGCGGCGUCUGGCGCGAUAGGAGCGGACGAUUCUCUCGCAAGGUGCGAAGGAUCUCGCAUUGCUUCAGCAGCAGCGCCAGCACCGCCAGCAGCACCGAGGUUUCUCGGAUUUCAAGGAUUUCCAAGAAUGCUGGCGAUGCAGGCGAGGAUUCGGCAUUGGCAUCGGGCAGGGACGUGCGGGGAUUGCGCCUGAAGAAGGUGGAGGAAAUGCGAGGCCUAGGCAUCGAGCCUUAUGCGUAUUCCUGGAAUCGGACACACAAAGCCACGCAGCUCCAGGAGAAAUACGCUGACUUACCCGCAGGAGGGGUGGCGGAUUCGGACGAGGAUCGUGUGUCUGUGGCUGGCCGGAUUUUUGCUCGCCGAGCGUUUGGAAAGCUCGCUUUCUUGGGAAUCCGAGAUGAUUCGGCUUCUAUCCAGCUCUAUUGUGACAAGGCAAAACUUGAGAGUUUCACUCAAUUAAAAUCCACGGUUGACAUUGGUGAUAUUGUCGGCGCCACAGGAACUUUAAAACGAACUGAAAAAGGAGAGCUCUCCGUAUAUGUGGAUAACCUGGUGAUUCUUACGAAAUCAAUCCUUCCAUUACCCGAGAAGUGGCACGGCCUAACAGACAUUGAAAAGCGAUACCGUCAGAGGUAUUUGGAUAUGAUAAUGAAUCCCGAAGUAGCUGGUGUAUUCCGAGCCCGUGCAAAAGUUGUUUCAGCUAUUCGCAGGUUUGUCGAAGAUCUUGGAUUCCUCGAGAUUGAAACUCCGAUUUUACAGGGGGCGGCUGGAGGAGCAGAUGCCAGACCAUUCAUAACUCAUCAUAAUUCAUUGGAACGGGAUCUUUUCUUGCGCAUUGCUACUGAGCUACAUCUAAAGCGUAUGCUGGUUGGAGGUUUUGAAAGGGUCUACGAGCUUGGCCGCAUCUUCAGAAAUGAAGGAAUCUCUACGCGUCAUAAUCCUGAGUUUACGUCCAUAGAGAUAUAUCAAGCGUAUGCUGACUACAACGAUAUGAUGGCUUUGGCCGAGGAGCUCGUUACAAAAUGUGCCGAAGCCAUCUUCGGAAACGCAAAGCUACUCUAUCAAGGAACAGAAAUAGCGCUAGAAAGACCCUGGAGGCGGGCUAGCAUGCAGUCACUGGUUCAGGAGGCCACUGGAAUCGACUUUAGUGCUUUCGGUAGCGAUCUUUCGGCAGCAAAAUCGGCGGCUUUGUCAGCAUUAUCACCCCGGAAAGACGAAUCUCUCCAAACUGUUAUUGCAAACUGCGCAACAGUCGGAAACGUUCUAAAUGAGGUGUUCGAAGCAGUCGUGGAGAAAACAUUAAUACAGCCAACGUUCGUCACUAAUCACCCGGUCGAAGUCUCUCCCCUUGCCAAAGCCCAUCGGAGCUUUCCAGGCCUGGUCGAGCGCUUCGAACUUUACAUUUGUGGCCGGGAGCUGGCCAAUGCAUUCUCGGAGCUGACAGAUCCGAUAGAACAGAGAGCCAGGUUCGAAGCGCAAAUCCGAGCUUACAACAAGCAGCUGGAAGAGGCAGCAGCCGCUGCGCGAGACCGCGGAGAAUCGGCGGUUAAGCAACACAAGAACGACUCAUACGAAGUCACUCUAGACGAAGACUUCCUCACAGCACUGGAGUAUGGAAUGCCUCCCACCGCCGGAAUGGGAAUUGGGAUCGACCGCCUCGUCAUGCUUCUCACGGACAGUCCAAGCAUAAGAGACGUGAUUGCGUUCCCGGUGUUAAAAUCCCAGCAAUAAGCUAAAAGGAAAGCUCUAUUGUUUUAGGUGGCUUUCUCCGUGGACGCAGCGACGAGGGUGGUGGCUAUCGCGGCUGCCAAGUUCGGUCGCAAUCUACUCAACGAGAAUCAAGUCAUUGUCAUCACGACAUGGACACGGAAGCUGUUCGGGAGCACUACUUCAAGUUACGUGACAUUCCAGAUCACACAGCAAAAGCAUGGAUGGCUCGUGGCGGUAGUGGUGCGAUGGUCACGGCACACAAGGAGCUAUACGCCUACGAUUUACGUGCCGGUACUACCAGAGUUCUGAGGCCAUUCGGUGGGGAGGAUCUAGCCCCAGCAACGAGACUGUCGUACACUUUCGGCUUUCGAAGGCAGUGAUUGGGAAUUGCAGUGUGUGAUUGUGAUUGUGUGCAUGUGUGUGUGUGUGUGUGUUGGGUUUUACAGUAUUUGAUGGAGCAAAGUAGCAGCCAUGAAUGAAUGGAGCUUGUGUACCUGUGUUGUGUGAUAGAAUGAAUAUGCGGAAUUUGUAUUUCAAGACAGCUUCCAAGGA